CGCGACGCGCUUCCGGAGGGGGGGGGGGCGCCGCGGGGGCCGCUGGGAGCCGCAGUCCGGCGGCCAUGGCGGAGGACGGCGAGAGGAAGGCCGCGCUGGAGACGGUCCAGGCAGAUGGGACAGAUGGAAACUGCGUCACGUUUGUGUUGCACGAUGAGGACCACACACUUGGCAACUCCCUCCGAUACAUGGUCAUGAAGAACCCUGAUGUGGAGUUCUGUGGCUAUUGCAUCACACACCCCUCAGAAAGCAAGAUCAACUUUCGGAUCCAGACCAGAGGAGCCCUUCCUGCUGUCGAGCCAUUCCGGAAAGGGCUGAACGACCUGAUGAGUGUUUGCCAACACGUGCUCAACACCUUUGAGAGGAGCAUGAAGGAAUACAGGGCCCAGAGGGAUGAAGAGAUGCAGUAGUAGUUGGGGAUGGCAGUCCCCAUGGUUGUGUGUAAUGUCUCUGUUGAAUUCCCCGUGUCAAGCGUUUUUGUUUGUGUGGUGUUUUUUAUGACUGCUUUGAUGCAAACCUGUAUUUUCUCUAAUAAUAAAGUUUAUGAAGUUUGGUGCCGCAGAA